UCAUACUUUUAAGUAAAAGCUCAACUUUGUUAGUAAACAACAGUCAAUUUAUUCUUAAGUGCUUAUUUCACAAAACAUGAUUAUCGGUAUGAUAUACAUGUAUUUAUUGUAUGCCCUGGUGUGUUCCUCUGUGACAAGCACAUCAGGUGAAACACUUUCAUGGAAAUUGGACACAGUACCAGCGGUUUUUGGAGAAGAUGUUCAAUUAUCAUGCUUCAUUUCUAACUAUACAAGUAGGGCAAAUAUGAACCGAAGAUGGUCGAUUCGAAGAAACAUUCAUGGAAUUACAUUGAACGGUAUAUCAAGAUAUCCAUAUAAAUAUAGUGAGCAUAUGGAUAAGAAGAUUGGUGUAUCAACGUUACGAAUUCACAAUUUUAGCUUACAUGACGUAAAUAUCAUUUACGAAUGUGCAUAUGGGUUUUUGAUUGACAGAAAGAUGCUCAUACUAUCUAAAUUCAAAUUUGAAAAACAUCCUCAAAGUCUUCUGAAAGCAACAGUUGAGACCGACACAGAAUGUACUUGCAGAGGAAAUGUUACCUUAGAAAAUGUUUUUCCUCAACCAUAUUGUAAAUCUACUUUGAAUAAAAAGGACGUAACGUUACCAUAUUUUCAAGUUAACACAGAAAAACGUGGGUUAUUUUUUACUACUGAUAUUAAGCUGGUCUAUACACAUAGAGACGAUGUUGAAAUGGGAAAAUGGAUUGUUGUUUGUGAUGUAGGGAGUAAACGGAUUGUUGUAAUUAACGAAACGAUGAACUGUACUUUAAACGGUACAAUGGAAACCAGAAUUGAUAUACAACGAGUAGCUGGAAUUCUUUCUGUUUGCUUUUUGAUGUCUAUUCCAUUUAUGUGUUUAAUGUACGUUCUCUCUAAGAACAACAACACGAAAUUAUUAGCACUCCUACAUAAUUGCUAUCAGAAGAAGAGGCAAGGGCCAAAAGAUUCAUUAAAACAACACCGGAAGACAGACGAAGAAAUGGCAUUACAAAAUGAUGUAGAAGGGGUAACAUGAUGAAUUCCAGGAUAAAUUAGCAAAUGAUAUUCUUCAAUGGAAAUCCAAUUUCUAUAAAUCUGCUAUGAUUUACUUAUUCAUACAUGUAUAUUGAUUGUCGUGAAUCAGUAAAAUUGCAGUCGUGGAGUUUGAAUUCGAUUUUAAAAAUUGUCUAAAGAUAGAACAAAGUAUUGACAUACUUUGCUUCAACAUUACCGUUCUAAUUUAAGCAAAUAUCCGUGGACAUUCUCCUUAUGUACCCUUAAGUUGACUUUCGUUGUAAAAUGUAUAGGCUUAUGAUCAAUUUUAAGGUAGUUUGAAUACUGUUAUGUUUCUAAUAUGUUAUGUUUUGUUGUAAUGUGUAUACUUGUAAAGGUAUAUUGUUGUUGUACUACAAAGUUAUGAUUGAGAGAGUUUAAGUAUAUUUUUGGAAGAACUUAUGUUUAUA